AUGAUUAGUGGUCAAGUAACAGAAUACAGGCUUGCUGUUUUUGGUCUCCAAGGAGCUGGAAAAACGAGUUUUGUUAAGAAAAUAUGCUAUGGAGACAUGGGACAAACAGAACCUACAACAGAAGAGUAUCAAGAUACUGCAAUUUUUGAUAAGACAUUUGUAUAUCUUUGGGACUUUCCACAACAAUAUGUUAGCUCGUCUAAUGCUGAUGACAUAAUUAUUGGCUUUGGAGGAGCAAUUUUCAUUAUCGAUGCUACUCAAUUAUCAAAAAUAGAAGAAAUCAGAGAAUACUUUGAAGAUCUUAUGAAGUCUCAUUUAAUUAGUGAUAUUCCUUUUAUAUUCUUAUGUACGAAAAUGGAUUUAGUUGAAGAUGAAACACAAGUAAAACCUACAGUUAUUGUUAAAGAAAUCAUGAAAAAUACAAAGAAAUUCCAAUGCAUUCUAUUCUCCUCAAAAACAGGAGAAGGAAUUGAUCAAUUCCAACAUUGGAUAGUUAACUUUGCAAAACCUGCAUUCCAAAGUAAUUUCAGUCCAGAUCAAACUAGUAGUAACUUUGUUAGUCAAACAAACAUGAAAGUUCUUAAUUGA